AUGGCAUCUUCUUUAGUUUCUACAUUGGCCUUUGGUCAAACAAUUCUUGUUCAAUAUGUUGAAUUAAUUCUAUUUAUCAUUGGUACAGUUGGUUCACUACUCAAUAUUCUCCUGUUUUCUCAAAAGAAAUUUCGUUUAAAUUCUUGUUGCAUCUAUUUUCUCGCCGCAUCGAUCUCAACAAUAAUCAUGCUUUUCGUCGGCAUUAUUCCUCAAAUCUAUGCUCUCAAACACACUCCAAGUCCAAUAUUUAAUCGCGACUUUUGUAAAGCUCGAACUUACUUAGCUCAAAUAAGUGCAAUGCUUUGCCGAUGGUUAUUAAUAAUUGCUUGUAUUGAUCGUUGUUUAUUAACUUCAACCGAUGCUCGUCUUCGUCGUUUCACCACGGUACCAAUAGCCCAAAAAUUAGUUUUAGUAUUUUGUAUUAUUUGGAUUCUCAUUCCUAUUCACGUGUUGAUCUUUGCUGAUGUUCGAAAGCUUGGUUACAUUAUUUGUAUGAUGUCAACAGAUACAAUGGCUAUUUAUCAUAAUAUUUAUACAAUAACCUCCGGUGGAAUCCUUCCACCAUUGAUUAUGUUGAUCUGUGCGAAAAUUCUCUGGAAAAGUUUACAAGCAAAGCGACACCGUCGAGAAUUGAUUCAAGGAAGACAGAGAAGAAACGAAACUCAGAAUACUCAAAUCCUUAUUAUGCUACUGUUACAAGUUGUCAUCUUCAUCGUGUUCACUUUACCGUAUAUGUCAUCGAAUCUUUAUUUUGCAUUCACUCGUUCGGUUACAAACAAAUCAGCAGAUCGAUUAGCAAUUGAAUCGUUCGUCAAUUUAUUCACAGAAGUGGUGGUUUUUGUUUAUCCUGCUUUCACAUUCUAUUCGAACACAUUAGUUUCACGAACAUUUCGAAAUGAAUUACUCGUUCUUGUUCGAAGAAUUCUAACUAGCGUUUGUGGCCAACGUUUUUAUCGUAUACAAAGAAUUCAUCCAAGUACUUUUACGAUAACAAGAACACAUCGACCAAAUAAUUUACCAAUGAUUCCAAUAAAUAAAGAUUGA